UGAUUGUAGUGUUUCUUCUCUAUGGGAGGAGGAGAAACUUGGAUGGGAUACAAGGCUGUCUGUCCUGUGCUGAGAAGCUGCGCCGCUCUGGGUCCCCCUGACAGGUGAACGGUAUGAAGAUGGUGGAUGAGCCCAUGGAUGAGGGGGAGCCGCUGUCGCCCUUUGAUGAAGGGAACGUGAAGGAGAUCCAGAUCACCCACCAUGUGAAGGAAGGGUGUGAGAAGGCGGACCCCGCGCAGUUUGAGCUCCUGAAGGUCCUGGGUCAGGGCUCCUUUGGAAAAGUUUUCCUCGUACGGAAAAUGAUCGGUCCCGACGCCGAACAACUUUAUGCAAUGAAAGUGUUAAAGAAAGCUUCUCUGAAAGUCAGAGACCGCGUCCGGACCAAGAUGGAGCGCGAUAUUCUGGUGGAGGUGAACCAUCCGUUCAUUGUUAAGUUGCACUAUGCCUUUCAGACGGAAGGGAAAUUAUAUCUGAUUCUGGACUUCCUCAGGGGCGGAGACGUCUUCACUCGCUUAUCCAAAGAGGUUAUGUUUACAGAGGAGGAUGUGAAAUUCUACCUGGCAGAGCUGGCACUGGCGUUGGAUCAUUUGCACAGUCUGGGCAUCGUCUACCGGGACCUCAAGCCUGAAAACAUUUUGCUUGACGAAGCCGGACAUAUCAAGUUAACAGAUUUUGGGCUGAGUAAGGAGUCGGUGGACCAUGAGAAGAAGGCGUACUCCUUCUGCGGUACGGUGGAGUAUAUGGCGCCAGAAGUGGUGAACCGGCGAGGUCACACUCAGAGCGCCGAUUGGUGGUCGUUCGGCGUUCUUAUGUUUGAAAUGCUGACGGGAACGCUCCCCUUCCAAGGGAAAGAUCGCAACGAGACCAUGAACAUGAUACUGAAGUCUAAGCUCGGGAUGCCGCAGUUCUUGAGCUCCGAAGCGCAGAGUCUGCUGAGAAUGUUGUUCAAGCGAAAUCCAUCAAACCGAUUAGGUGCCGGCCUGGACCGGGUAGAGGAGAUAAAACGACACCCGUUCUUUGCUACCAUUGACUGGAAUAAGCUGUACCGGCAAGAAAUCCAACCCCCUUUUAAACCCGCGUCUGGAAAACCCGAAGACACGUUCUGUUUUGAUCCGGAGUUCACAGCCAAAACGCCGAAAGACUCUCCCGGAGUUCCCCCCAGUGCCAACGCCCACCAGCUCUUCAAAGGCUUCAGCUUUGUGGCUCCGUCCCCCAUUGAGGAGCAUAAAAUCUCCUCCAUCACCACCAGCCUGCCCAUUGUACAGCAAUUCCACGGAAGCCGGGCGCAGUUCAUAGACAUCUACGACCUCAAGGAAGAUAUUGGUGUCGGCUCUUAUUCCAUCUGUAAACGCUGCGUCCACCGGGCGACCAACAUGGAGUUCGCAGUCAAGAUCAUCGACAAGAGUAAGAGGGAUCCGUCGGAAGAGAUUGAGAUCUUGAUGCGGUACGGACAACAUCCGAACAUCAUCACCCUAAAAGACGUGUACGAUGACGAUGGUCGGUACGUUUACCUUGUGACUGAACUGAUGAAAGGCGGAGAGCUGCUCGACCGGAUACUCCGCCAGAAGUUCUUCUCCGAGCGAGAGGCCAGCGCCGUUCUCUACACCAUCACCAAGACUUUGGACUACCUGCACUGUCAAGGGGUGGUUCAUCGAGACCUGAAGCCCAGUAAUAUCCUCUACAUGGACGAUUCCAGCAACGCAGACUCCAUACGAAUAUGUGACUUUGGCUUUGCCAAGCAGCUGAGAGGAGACAACGGGCUGCUGCUGACUCCAUGUUAUACGGCCAACUUCGUGGCCCCUGAGGUCCUGAUGAGACAAGGCUAUGACGCUGCCUGCGAUAUCUGGAGUCUCGGAGUGCUGCUUUAUACUAUGCUGGCCGGGUACACACCGUUCGCCAACGGCCCAAACGACACGCCGGAGGAAAUCUUACUGCGAAUAGGAAGAGGGAACUUUUCGUUGAGCGGAGGCAACUGGGACACCGUGUCUGACGCUGCAAAGGAUUUGCUCUCUCACUUGCUCCACGUUGAUCCUCAUCAGCGAUACACGGCAGAGAAGGUAAUAAAGCAUUCCUGGAUAGCUUGCCGAGACCAACUCCCUCUAUUCCAGCUCAACCGGCACGAUGCACCGCACCUGGUCAAGGUAAGAGACGAAACUUGUUACUUUUCUCCGUAUAGAGUUCUGAUUCCUGGGAAAAGAUAAAUACUUUCUGUAGACUUAA